CCCACACUGCACCGCGCUGGUUUUUAGCGGCAGUGACUCUCGGCGUGUGCGGACAGUGAGCAUGUUGUGAUCUUUGAUCAGAUUUAAGCUCAGUUUAAGCUUCAGAUAGAGAAAUCCAGCCGUCCUCCUCCGGGGUUUGGAGCCUGAGCUGAAGCAGCAGCGGGACGCGGCCGCGGAUCCAGCAUGUCUCUGGUUUGUGCGAUCUCAAAUGAGGUACCGGAGCACCCUUGUGUGUCUCCAGUCUCCAAUCAAGUGUUUGAACGCCGCCUCAUUGAGAAAUACAUUGCUGAGAAUGGAGCUGACCCAAUCAACGGCCAGCCUCUGUCUGAGGAGCAGCUCAUCGACAUUAAAGUCUCUCACCCUAUUCGGCCUAAGCCACCUUCUGCUACCAGCAUCCCUGCAAUUCUGAAAUCUCUGCAAGACGAGUGGGAUGCAGUGAUGCUGCACAGUUUCACACUGCGGCAGCAGUUGCAGACUACACGCCAGGAGCUGUCUCACGCACUCUACCAGCACGAUGCUGCUUGCAGAGUGAUUGCUCGUCUCACUAAAGAGGUCACUGCUGCCAGAGAAGCCUUGGCCACACUCAAACCUCAAGCUGGAUUGGUUGCUCCUCAGGCAGCUCCUGCCUCCCAGCCUGCAGCCGUGGGUGCGGGUGGAGAACCUAUGGAAGUCAGCGAACAGGUUGGAAUGACUCCAGAGAUCAUCCAGAAGCUGCAAGACAAGGCCACUGUCCUGACCACAGAAAGAAAGAAGAGAGGAAAAACUGUUCCAGAAGAGCUGGUUAGAGCUGAGGAUCUCAGCAAAUAUCGCCAAGUGGCCUCUCAUGCUGGUCUCCACAGUGCCAGUGUUCCUGGAAUCCUUUCUCUGGAUCUCUGCCCCACAGAUACCAACAAAGUGCUCACAGGUGGUGCGGAUAAGAACGUGGUGGUGUUCGAUCGCAGAGAUGAGCAGAUUGUGGCCACUCUCAAGGGUCACACCAAAAAAGUCACCUCCGUCAUCUACCACCCGUCCCAGUCGGUGGUGUUCUCUGCAUCCCCGGACAGCACUAUCCGUGUUUGGUCAAUCUCAGGAGGCAACUGUGUUCAGGUGGUUAGAGCUCAUGAGGCAGGUGUUACCGGCCUGUCCCUCCAUGCUACUGGAGACUAUCUGCUCAGUUCCUCUGAAGACCAGUACUGGGCCUUUUCCGACGUCCAAACUGGCCGCGUUCUCACUAAAGUCACUGAUGAGACUGCAGGAUGUGCGCUGACCUGUGCUCAGUUCCAUCCUGACGGGCUGAUCUUUGGCACCGGCACAGGAGACUCUCAGAUUAAGAUCUGGGAUCUGAAGGAAAGAACCAAUGUGGCCAACUUCCCUGGCCAUUCCGGCCCAGUCACUGCCAUCGCGUUCUCUGAGAACGGAUACUACCUGGCCACAGGUGCUCAGGAUAGCUCUCUGAAGCUGUGGGAUUUGAGAAAGCUGAAGAACUUUAAGACUAUCACUUUGGAUAAUAAUUAUGAGGUAAAGUCUCUGGUGUUUGACCAGAGUGGAACAUAUCUGGCUGUUGGAGGAUCUGAUAUCAGAGUUUAUAUCUGCAAGCAGUGGUCUGAGGUCCUCAACUUUACUGAUCACACCGGUCUUGUGACGGGAGUGGCGUUUGGAGAGCAUGCUCAGUUCCUGUCCUCCACAGGAAUGGAUAGAAGUCUCAAGUUCUACAGCCUGUAGGGCAGAAGAUGGUGUGAAGAAAGAGCAAUAGAAAUUCUAGUCCACAAUCCAUUUUAGUGAGUAACAAACAAAAAAAAACAUAAUAAACUGUAGAGCCCAUUCACAUGAUAAGGAUAGUCCCCUGAUCUUAAUGCAUCUGUGAUUGCAGAUGAAAUUAUGAUUCAUUUGUGUAUACAUUAUACCCCGGUGACAAGUGAACUUAAUGAACUCAGACCACCUCUCCCAGUUUGGUCAUCGAUUACAUGAUCAUUUACUCUGUUGUGGAUUUUUGCUUAAAGAUUUUCACUUAUGACUUAUUUUGCUCUUGUGUUGCUCUUUUUGUUUCUGUAUGUGUUGAGUCCUUGCUCUGUACUGUAGGGCUGCCUUUGUCUCUUUUCUUUUUAGCUUGGUGAUCUUGCUGUUUUUAGUUUCUUGCAUCUAAUUUUUAUACCCUGUCCUGAAAUGAAACCACAUGGCAAAUUAGAUUUCAAUAAAGACAUAUUUUUUGUUUUUAA